AUGGCAUCGAUCAACAAUUCAUCCCUUACCGAAACUGAUGAAUCUUACUCUACCGCUGAUACUGCCAGUGGGAUCAGCACUGGCAGACCUUCUGGUAAAUUCAACUUUCCCGAAGAUGACGGUUCUACCACUCAGGUCAGGUACAAGCGAACAAAUGCCGGUGGAUAUAGCUACUUCACCAAGAAUGGUUUGGGGUCCAGCAGCCACGCUCCCGUUUCCAUCGAUAGAUUAUAUAGAGGAAACAAAAUUGAAUACUCGAUUUAUCGAUCUAUCAUGGGUGACAAGGCCAAACCUCCUCCUGAAGAGGCAACGUUCACCUAUACAUCUAUGAAAAAGGAUGGUACAGUCGAAGAGAGGAAGGUAAGACUUACGGCUGAUGAAAGUGAUGGAAGAGUGACUUAUGGGAUAUCAGAAAGUGCAGGAAGCGAAGUCCCCACUCCCACUUCUGUCGCCUAG